AUGGCUGAUGGUCAGAUGCCCUUCUCCUGCCACCUCCCAAGCCGCCUGCGCAGAGACCCCUUCCGAGACUCAUCCCUCCCCUCGCGCCUGCUGGAUGAUGACUUUGGCAUGGACCCCUUCCCGGACGACUUGACUGCCUCUUGGCACAACUGGGCCCUGCCUCGAUUCUCCCCAGCAUGGCCUGGAACCCUAAGGUCAGGCAUGGUGCCUCGGGGGCCCACGGCUGCAGCCAGGUUCGGGGUACCUGCUCAGGGCAGGAGCCCCCCACCCUUCCCUGGGGAGCCCUGGAAAGUGUGUGUUAACGUGCACAGCUUUAAGCCAGAGGAGCUGAUGGUGAAGACCAAGGACGGAUACGUGGAGGUGUCUGGCAAACAUGAAGAGAAGCAGCAAGAAGGUGGCAUCGUUUCCAAGAACUUCACGAAGAAGAUCCAGCUUCCUGCAGAGGUGGAUCCUGUGACAGUUUUUGCCUCGCUUUCCCCAGAGGGCCUGCUGAUCAUCGAAGCCCCCCAGGUCCCCCCUUACUCACCAUUUGGAGAGAGCAGUUUCAACAACGAGCUUCCCCAAGACAGCCAGGAAGUCACCUGUUCCUGAGACCCCAGUCUUGGCCCAUCUUUAUCCUUCCCCAACUGCAGGGCGUCUCUGUAUUCCAGAGUACAUUACUUUAGCUGAAUUCAUAGAUUUAGUGACUAAGAUGUUAGGGGUGGGGGUGGACUGACCACGGACUCCCUGGAUAGCGUAGUAGUAGGUUUUUCCACAGAACGGUACAAUUGGCAGGGUCCUGCUCAAUUGCAUUAGGCCAAAAUGCUGGGAGAUUGUUUCUUUACCUUUUCUAUCAUGAUGAAAAUGUUGCACAUUCUAUAGCUGCAGAACAGAUAGAAGGGGACAUGACAUUUCACACUGUAUCUUACCUUGCAGCUAAUGCAAAAGGUUGCUUUUCUCUGGGGACCUCCCUGUCACCCAGAUUCCUAUUCUGGGCUCCUGGUUUCCAUGCCUGCUCCAUGGUUUGGUUGAUGGAGCCCACUGGCUCACCCCACUGUGUUUCUGCAGCCCUGGUCUACAAAGGGGUGUAGAUAGGUCUUACAUCCCCAUAUGGGAUUUAUCCAACAGCCACAUGAAAACAGUGCCUUCUGCUCUUCACCCAGGCAUUUAUAGCAUGUUCCCAAGUUGGCACUCCCUGAGGACUCUGGAAACCGAUGUAGUCUCUGGCUAGAGUCUCCCCUUUCUCGUGCCUCCUAUGUCCAAUUGGGGAUUUUUACAGAGGGGGCUGUCUCCAAACAGCUCCACCAGGAACCAAGCAAAGGCCAGACAGACUGGCAGGCAGGCUAGUGGUAUUGUGUAUAUGAGUGAGACGUGUGUGUCAUUGUUAUUUGAAUUGUGCUGUUGUUUAGGGGGGAAUUAACAGUAAAUAAUAAUAAUAAUAAAAAAAAGGAGCUGAUGUUCUUA